UUGUACUUAUAGAAAUAAGCGCUGUCGCGGUUGCUCUCCUCCUUCAUGCUGUUCCCAGUCACUUGUCCAUUGCUCGCAUUGAUCUAACUUAUUCAACGUACAUUGUUUCUAUCUGUCUGGCGGUACGAGUGGCGUCACCUGAGCUCGGACGAUGGGCAGGCUUACAUUCGAAGUCGAUGAUGCGGAACUCUUGAAGACCUACGGCAUAUCUUCUCUUGCGCCGAAGAAAUGGGAGGAGGUCGAUCAUGAGAAGGACAAUUCCCUCGCGGGCAUGUUGACUGGUAGCGGUGAGGGCGAGCCGGAUCCGUUGGGCCUACAGGACGUCAUCGAUGUGCGAGAUAUGGACCUGGAAACAAAGACCGCGGUCCUCAUAUCUUCAAAGUCAUUCAAUCCAAAGGCAUUCUUAUCGGCUGUACAUCCAAAUGCGACAUACCAGGACCUGGCAGCUGGUAUACAGCAGCUGCGAGCGUCGAUUGAUGCCCGUUCCGAGGCAGUGAAAGUCCUCGUAGAGGAGCACUUCAACCGUUUCGUCGCGGUGAAGGCCUCCACGGAUGCCUUAUAUGCUGAAAUGCAAGAGGGCGUCCUAGCAGAGAAGUCUGAUUUCGGCUCAAGACCGCUCAGAGAUCACAUCAAGCAGUCUGCCCAGAAGGCAGAUGUGGUCUUCCUGCCUGUCCUGGAAAAUGCCAUGAAAGCUCAGAAGCUACGGACAACGUUGGGUGUAUUCGAGCGAUCCAAAUUCUUCUUCAGUCUACCUGGCACAUUGAUUGAGUCCAUAGAAGCGGGACGCUACGAGGCUGCAUUGCGGGAUUACAAGAAGGGCAAGUUCCUGCUCGAGACAAGGCCUGGGCAGAUACUACCGGUCGGUCCAAGAGAUGCGCAAGGGUCUACCGCGGAGUCCCAGCAGAAGAAGAUCCUCAAUAAGGUCUGGGGCACAGUGGAGAAAGUGAUGGGCGAGAUGAAGAACCAGCUUCUCAACAAACUCCAAGAGCCCGCUCGGAGUGUGGAUGAGCAAGAGAAGACGAUUGAGAUCUUGCUUGAGCUUAAUCCUUCGGAUGAUCCGGUGUGGACGUACCUGGACGCGCAACACAAAUAUAUCAUCAACCAUAUGCAAGGGACCUACAUAAAUUGCGUUGAGCAUAUUCGGUCCGUUCAUGAUUCCACACUGCCUAUCAUCCGAAGUCCGGAUACCCUACCCGGCAUCCUGGCUGGCCAGCUGCAGACCUGUAUUGCGGCAUUAGAAGCCAAGCAAGGGGACGUGGUCAUUGCGCAGGCCGGGGCGACAGAGGUUUGGGCAGCCGUCCUAGCGAUGGUGAAGAAUGUGUCAGAGGUUAUGCUCACCACGAUGCCGAACUUCUGGAGGAUCGCCAAAGGUUUCCUCGAUGGGAAGCUGAAGAAGAACCCGAAUACCGCCGGCGGUGCGCGGCGCAGUCCCUCGCAGUGUCGCGCCAUGGCUCUAGACAUCGUCAAGCUGUACAUCUCAUUCUUGUCCGAGUUCUUCAUGUUCUCCGACAGCCGCGUGUCGUCGCCGCCCAACGCCGCAGUGGAAGCGACACCACCGCUACUGCCGCGUGAUUCUAACUCGCUCACGACUGCUUACCAGCUCAUGAAGAUACUUGGUGAGAUACAAGACAGUGUCAACGACGUUAACAGUAUGGAAAUCUCGAACGAGGCGAGCUCUAGUCUCAAGGGCCUGCUGGAGAGCGCGAGGUGGAAGUUCGAAGAUAUAGUCGUACACGGCUGGCUCAGAGACGCCAACGUAUUCUACUACCUGGAAGACUGGAUAGGAUCCAUAGUUGAUCCAUUCACAACACUUUACCUCUCCAAGCUGCGCGCGUUCGAGAAGGAGAUGUCCGCGUGUGCGUUCAAGAUCGCCGGCGGAGUUGAUUUAUCGACUUCCGCUGCGACGUCUUCGUCGCGCUUAGUCAAACGGAAGACUGUCGCCCCCGAAUUCACCUCCAAAAUCACGAAGGCUUUCGUUGACUCGCUAUUCGCGGUACUCGAUGGCCUCGUGCAUUUGGCGUCUGAUGAGUCGCCAUCCGGUCCAGCACUACCAACUGUCAUAUCCGAAGUCGCCGGAGCGACGAAAACCAACCCUUUGGAGCUAGUCGAUAUACAGGAAACGGACAAUAGGUCACUGCUCGUGGUGUCUAACAUCGAUCACCUUAGGCGCGUUCUUAUUCCAAAUAUGGCCAGCGAAUUGGGGAACAGUCUAGGUGUGUCCAUGGAGGAAGACAAACGCACCCUUAUUGGAAUCGUGCAAGACCUCGACAACACAUUAUUCCAGAGUUACGUAAAGCCCAAGUCCGCCGCGCUGAUGGGUAUGGUACGGAAUGGGGUGCUGGAUCCCCAGAUGGACUGGUACGAAACCCCACAACCCCGAGAGAUCCGUCCGUACAUCUUCGAGAUCUUGAUGUUCCUUGUCGGUGUGCACGCCCAAGUUAGCGCGGCGGCAGCCCCGCUGCUGGAACGCACCCUGAAUGCACUCGUAGAGGACGUGGCCGAGGAGGCGCUCCGCUGUUUCCGCCAGGUCAAGCGCUUCGGCAUGGGUGGCAUGCUCAGGGCCACGCUCGAGAUUGAGUUCCUUCAUCAGACGCUCUCGCGUUACGUCACUCCCUCCGCGGACCAGACGCUUUCGGAUUUGUACACGAAGAUCUCGCAGGCAUACGCGCGCCGACCCGGUGACGAGAAUUUGCAAGCCAACCUCGACGGCGUGAAGAAAACUUUGGCAGAUACGCGCCGCGCUACUGGAAUUGAAUUCCUGUGCUUUAGGCAGACAAAGGAUAAAGCUAAAAAGGAGGGCACUCCCGGCGGGUCGAGGAGCAGGGAGAAGAGACGGGAGAAGCAGCCGGAAGCAGGGGGUUAACCAUUCCAGUGGGUUACGCUGACUGAAUGGGUUUUCCCCGGAGUCCCUCGGUGCCUGCUCUGCCAAAGGGGCUAAACGCAGAGCGCAUUCGUGCGGACGCGUUCUAGACAACUCCAG